ACUGGCCCCCUCUCUCUCUGCCUCUAUAACUAUAAUGUCUAUAUAAUACCAACACUUAAUUUUCUUUAGUUCUUGCAAAAACCCUUUAUAGUUUUUAAGUUUUCUACGUCUCUUUCUUCUUAGUUUCAAUGAUGGAGAAGGCUUUAGGAAUCUCAUCUCUUCCCGUUCUCCUCCUUCUCCUGCUCCUCCCCGUGUUAGUUUCAGGUGAUUGUACUUGUAGCAGUGAAGACGACUCAGAUACUAACAAAACUGAAGCACUUAAGUACAAGUUAGGAGCCAUAGCUUCCAUUCUGACUGGUGGUGCAAUUGGUGUAUGUCUUCCUGUUGUGGGGAAGCGAAUUCCGGCUUUAAGGCCGGAAAAUGACAUUUUUUUCUUGAUCAAAGCUUUCGCCGCCGGCGUGAUCCUCUCGACGGGGUUCAUACAUAUACUACCAGAUGGAUUCGAUAAGUUAACAUCUCCAUGUCUCAAUCAAAACCCAUGGGGGAAUUUUCCAUUUACAGGCUUCAUUGCAAUGUUGUCUGCAAUUGGGACUUUAAUGGUGGAUACUUUUGCUACUUCAUACUUCAACAGAUCCCACUUUAAUAAGGCUAAACCUGCGAACCCAGAUGAGGAGAAUGGAGGAGAGCAUAGUGGUCAUCUUCAUGUUCAUACACAUGCCACCCAUGGUCAUUCUCAUGGGUCGGCCGCCGAUGAAUCAGCUGCAGAACUUAUCCGGCAUCGUGUCAUUUCACAGGUUUUGGAGUUGGGGAUUGUGGUUCACUCUGUGAUCAUAGGGAUCUCAUUGGGUGUUUCUCAAAGUCCAAGUGUAAUAAAGCCUCUGUUUGCAGCCCUGACUUUCCACCAGUUCUUUGAGGGUAUGGGACUGGGUGGAUGCAUCACACAGGCAAAAUUCAAAAUCAGAGCUUUUAUAAUUAUGGCACUUUUCUUCUCCCUUACUACACCGAUUGGGAUCGCAAUAGGUCUCGGGAUAACGAAUAGUUACAACGAGAAUAGCCCGAAAGCCCUCAUCAUUGAAGGAGUGUUUAAUUCUGCUGCGGCCGGCAUUUUGAUUUACAUGUCGCUGGUUGAUCUACUAGCAGCUGAUUUUAUGAGUUCCAGGUUGCAAAACAAUAUGAGACUUCAGAUAGGAGCACAAAUCUUUCUUCUCUUUGGGGCUGGUUGUAUGGCUCUUUUGGCGAAAUGGGCUUGAGCUGUUAAUAUAGGUGGGCUUUGACUGAAAUGCAUUAUUAUUAUUAUUAUUAUUAUUUUUUUUUUGUUUUUUUUUUUAUAGGUAAAAAUACUAUAUAUUUUUUUUUUUUUUUAGGUAAAAACUGUUUGAAACUUGAGUUGUAAGUUGUAACCUCUCUUCCUCACCCUUGUGAGGUAGUUAUCAUUUUCUAGAGAGGUGGGAUUAAAAUGUCAUUUAAUUGGGCAUGUACAGUUAUCAACAAAAAAAAAAAAAAAGUCAAAGCCUUUAAGUUCUUUUGAGGGUAAUAGAGUCAUUUGAAGCAGUUUUCAGGUCA